ACAAAUUGAGUGUCCCAGUAGCAGACUGCAAGACGGAGGAAUAUGGGUCUCACUGCAAGCAAAGUAUGGACCUCAAGGAGUACCUGACUUACUGGGAGAAAUACAUUGAUAGUGGUUAUCCUGUUGACAUGCAGAGUCUGUACUUAAAAGACUGGCAUUUCACAAGAGAUUUUCCACACUACAAUGCAUACAUAACUCCUGAGUAUUUCCAGUCUGACUGGAUGAAUGAAUACUGGGACACAAGGCCAGACCUCAAGGAUGAUUACAGAUUUGUUUACAUGGGAGCUAAAGGAACAUGGACACCUUUCCAUGCUGAUGUGUUUAGGUCAUACAGUUGGUCAGCUAAUGUCUGUGGCAGAAAGAAAUGGUUACUUUACCCACCAGGCGAAGAAGAAUGUUUUACCAACAGAUUUGGGAAGUUGGUGUUUGAUGUCUGUUCACCAGAACUUGAUGACGUGACAAGUUUUCCAAAAUAUCGCAAUUUACAAAGACAAUAUACAAUAAUACAGGAAGCUGGACAGGUUAUCUUUGUUCCCAGUGGGUGGCAUCAUCAAGUUUGGAACCUGGAAGAUACCAUUUCUAUCAAUCAUAACUGGCUGAAUGCCUGCAAUGUUGACAUAUGCUGGGGCUUCAUAAAACAAAGCUUGGCAGAGGUGAAGAAAGAAAUCAGUGACUGUAAAGACAUGGAGGGGUGGGAACAACAAUGCCAGCUCAUCCUGCAUGCGAGCAGUGGAAUUGAUUAUCCAGGAUUUUUCAAUUUUAUGAACACAAUUGCUCGACACAGGAUAGAAAAAUGCCAGCAACAAAAUGAUAUUCAGAAAGAAAUCUCAGUGCAAUCAAGCAAAGUAUUUCACUACUAUUUUGACCUACAAAGAGACAAAGAAAUUCUUCAAGACAUGAAACAAGAUGCAGAUUUUAAAGCUUUAGGGCCUGAACAUCUCAGUUAUGAUCUGGAGGAGUUAAUAGCAGAGAUUACUGACACAUUAAGUACCAAACACACUGAAUAAACUACACAGUCCCUGUCAAAGCUUAAUGAACCUGUAUUUAUUGAAUUACAGUACAAAACCUCAUUUUCAAGUAUCAGAUUAAAGUGCAUAUUUUUAAUCCUCCAAUUUGUCAACCUAACAGUUGAUCCAUUGAAAAAAUUGAUGCUCUAGAAAUAUCAUUAGUCUCUUUUGAAUAGAAAAAAUAAUUACUACAUUACAGUAUUUUAUGACUUUAAAUUUUACAGAUUUACAACAAGAGGAACAGUUCCAAAACUGGUUUUAUUUAGUGUAUGGUGCAUUUCUUUACCUGUA